CUCACACUCACACACGCACGCGCACUCAUGGAGGGAGGCAGUCGGCGGCCGUGUAUAUGUAUGUCUCUGUGGUCAAGGCUUGACACUCCCACAGAGACACAGACACCACAGCCACCUCACAUCCAUCCAUCGAUCGAUCCAUCCAUCCAUCCAUCCACUGCCGCACAUGUCAGCCAGCCAUCCCAUUGCACGUCUGUAUGCAGAGCUGCCCCUUCCUCUCCUGAAGCCUCACACCCGCCCCCUCACUUAAUCAUCAACGAGAGGCAGUGUGUAUGGAUCAUGUGUAUGUGUGUGGACGAUCUAGCCUGCCUUGGUGGCCUUGUCUUUCUUACCCUUUCCCUUGACCCCUCCUCCCUUGCUGCUGCUGGCGCGCGUGGGGCGCAUCUCAACGGCAGAUUUCUUGCCAGACACGACAACAAACCUCCUCUGAGCCGCCUCUCUGAUCUCAGGCACUAAGGGGAAUCGUGGCUUGCUGCCAGACAGAGAGACCGACCGCAGAGAGGGGAAGAGAGAGAAGGCCUCGGCCACUGCGUCGGCCAACGAGCGACACAUAGCCUUGCCUUCCUGCUCUGUCAUACCAUAAUGCCCCCCUUCAAGUCGCGCAUGCAGGCUGAUCUCAAUCCUACUGAUCCGCCCCAUGGUCUCCCUCCCCUCCCCUGCCUGCCCAUACACGCUCCACUUGAUCUCCCACCUCUCCUGUGCCGGAUCGCGAUCAAAGAAGAGGGGCCCGGGGAAAUGCACAUCGAACCCGACACCUACUGUGAGAGCCGUGGUGCCUUCAGCCGACAGAAAACCGACGGCAGCAGGCACCAAACACAGACUAGCACGGCGACAGGUCGUCUGCGGCCCAUUGGCAACACCCUUCCCGGCAACCCCCUCUAUAGCAACCGAGCUAACAUCCCUUCUGAAGGUGACACUCUCGAGUGAGGGCAGGUCCCCCAAGACAGUGCCCACGCCCCCAUCGUAGAAGGCCAUGCCCUCAAAAUCCUGCCUGACCUCGACUGACUCGACGGCCGGGAAGAGGGAGGCGGGACUACCGAUGACGUAGGGGGGGAGCGGCUGCGAAGCGCCUGAUGGCCUGAUUGUCAGCUUCUUGGCCUCGGUGCAGACAAGGUCGUCCAGGCCGGGGGCCUCCCUCACCGCACCCUGGCUCCCGUGGGGCUCGAGAGUGACCUCCCUGCUAUGUGCGCACAACAGCUGGAAGGUCGGGACGGCGCCACCCAGCUCAGCAGCGGUGCCUGUGAUGGGGAGGCGGAUGUGGGGCUUGUCUGGGAUGGGGCCGCGGAUGCCUUCGUAGCGGCGUUCGUCGUGGGUCGGCACUCGGUAGUAGUCCUCGGUGGCGUUGGGGGCUAGGCAGGAAGUGCGGAUGCGGUGGAGAUUCUGCGCGGAUGAGGCAGACAAAUGUGUGUAUGAGAGUGAGUGAGAUCAGCGGAUGGCAACGUUGGCUCACUUACAUACCUGUAUGUCAGCUGCCGACUGGAUCUCCCUAGGCCCCACACCCAGCUGCAGCCUCUGCAGGCGACUCGUGCUCAUCAUGUUGACGAAUCGGUCGACGGUCGAGCUGAGAGGUGGGGGUUGAGGGUGGAGGUGAGAGAGCUGACGAGGGCGGGCAUCGAGCUGAACACGUCCGGUGAGGGAAACCAGCGUCUCAGCUGAAAUGAAUGAGAGAGAGGAGAGUGGUGAAUGAGUUCAUGCAAUGUAGGAUGGCUCCGUGUGCGUGCCGUCAAAUGCAUACCUGUCGGCGUGCCUCUGAGAGCCUCGACGACGGCAUGCAGGGUUACGUCAUCCUCAGCGUGGGCAACAACGUCCUAAUGCACACGCAGCAUGCAAGCGACGACUGUAUUCAUCAUGCCACUUAUCUGUCGCUCUCUCUGUCGCACCUCGUCAUGUGUGAUGUGCAGCGAUGCGACCCCAGCCGACGCCCGGCGAAUGAACAACAGAGGCCCAAAAUAGCCCAGACUCACCGCAUUCAACUCCUUCAACGCCUGAAGACAUAUGCAAAGCGAGACCGACUGAUAGAGACUGCCAGAUGGUUGGAAGGUAUGCCCACCGGCAGCGUGUAGUUGCGAUCGCCAGCUAUGCGGCCCCAUGCGUUGUAGAUGGUGGCCUUUCGGAGGCGUGGGAACACCACUGGGGCCGUGCUGGAUGGCAGCUCGACCUUGGUGACCUUUCCCCUCCUCAUGGCCUUGACCAGCCUCCGCUGCGCCAACUUGCCCCUCUGGUGCCGCCCCCUCUUGGCGUCGGUGCGGGUGAUCUCCUGCUGGCUGGGCGCCGACCCCUGUAGUGUGAGGGUGACGAUGGUGGCGGAGAGGGCCUCCAGCAGACGCACCAUCGCCGCACACGGGCUGUGACGCACACGCAACUCGCGACACGCAGACAACCGCUCUGAAAGUGGCCGGCAUCAGAAGGGAACACGUAGAGGUGUAUUCGCUUCCGUCCCUUGCUGCUGUCACCUUGGAGUAGGUCGAUGCUGUCGUCAGGAGGUGGUGUCUUGACCUCUACGAUGUGGUGCAUGGCGCUGUUGGACGUCAGGGCGCGAAGUGCAUGCUCGCACAUGACAGGGACGCCAUGCACGACACGAAGCCAAGGUAGCUGCCCAGCCCUGCAAACAGAGAGAAACGAAUGGACAGCAUCGGUGAGAGGCUUCUCGGUCUCAUGUGUGGGCUGUGGUUCCGUACCGAUGCGGUCGUCAUCACUGAGCCACAGGCCCUCGGGCAGCCCCUCCAGACACGCAAGCUCACCCUGUCAAGAUGACAAUAAUCAUAAACACAUCACGAUGCCCUGUAUAUCUUACCUGCUCAGGUUGGUUGAUUUUGUUGAUGCCGUCUUCGAUGAUGUCGAGCUUCUCGACCGUCUGGUUGAGCUGCGCCGUGGCCGUCCCCUUGGCGUUGUCGAUCUGCAUCUUGGUGUUGCGCAUGACCAUACUCGUCCACACACGACACUGACGCUCGACAACCUGAAUGCAUUCGCCACACAUCCACACACAACACACAGCACCCAUGCAAUUGUGUGUCUUGCCCAUGUGUGUGUAUUGGCGUGGUGCAUCUGCAGUCGGUUGUGUUCUACGUCUGUGUUGGGGGGCGGGAGGGCAUUCUUGGCCUCAAACACCUGACGGGCCUGGAGAAUGCAGAGAUACAGCACGACAAGUGGAUGGUGGCAUGGUAUAACACGGCGAGUGCUGUCUUCAUCCUUCUGUCACCUUUCCCCACCUUGGCUUCCGUCUGGUCGAGUCUUUGGAUGAGUAUGUGCAGCUCCUCGCGCAUCGUGUUGAGCGCCGCCAAUGCAUCCUCCGGCUCCUUCUCAGCAACAUCCUGCACCAACAGAGAAACAACAGAGAAGAAAUGGGCCACCAAAUCGAGGGCACAUAUCACUCCUCACCUCCAUAUCUACGUCACCAUCUACGCCGCCCUCGCCGUUCUCCCCCUCCUCACACUGAUCUCCCUCCUCCCCAGUGGCCGUGGCCUUGGCUUUGGCCCUACCCCUCCCCUGAGCCUUAGCCUUAGCCUUAGCCUUAACCGCACCCCUCUUGGCCACCGCCACACCAGCUGCCCUGCCGUUGGCGUCGAGCCGCUGCUUCUUCUUAGCGGCGGCGCCCCUCUUGCCCCUCGCUAUGUCCUCCCAGUCAGAUCCCUCCUCCGAUGAGCUGCUGACGUUCUCAGCCAUGGCCUCAUCCUCACCCUCACUCUCAUCCUCCUCGCCAUCGUCGUCCACAUGGUCCAUCGGCUGGUCACCGCCGUCGUCAUCGGCAGGGCGUUUGUUUCGAUGGCGUUUGUGUGGUGCCGAUGCGGCCGCUGCAGCUAUAGCCGCCUUGCGCGGCGGACGCGUAUCCAU